GGGAAAACGCUGGGCGAGAUCAGAGCAGGCUUUGCUGCGCCCGCUGCUUUGGGUGGCAGAGAGGAGGCUUUGGUGCUCACGGCCUCUCUCGUGGCAGAUUACUGCAUGAACCCGCAGACCGUGCUGCUGCUCCGCGUCAUCGCCGCCUUCUGCUUCCUGGGCAUCCUCUGCAGCCUCUCCGCUUUCCUCCUCGACGUCUUCGGCCCCAAGCACCCGGCGCUGAAGAUCACGCGGCGCUACGCCUUCGCCCACAUCCUCACAGUCCUGCAAUGCGCCACCGUCAUCGGGUUCUGCUACUGGGCCUCGGAGCUGAUCCUGGCGCAGCAGCAGCAGCACAAAAAGUACCACGGCUCCCAAGUCUACGUCACCUUCGCCGUCAGCUUCUACCUGGUUGCCGGAGCCGGGGGAGCCUCCAUCCUCGCCACGGCCGCCAACCUCCUGCGCCAUUACCCAACCGAGGAG